CCCCCUUUGGAUGACACACUCUCCUCCUCCUCCUUUUUCUCUACGCAUGGAUCAAGACGGCAUCAUAUGGAUGCCCCACAAGAAGUGAUCGCCUCCCCCGUGAAAUAGAAAACAUUAAGAAGGAAUAACAGAGGACUGACUUUCCAUGGAGUGCGCAGAGCUGCAAGUUGACUGCAUUUGGACUAAAAAAAUGAAGCAGAACCUGGAUUGUUUGCGAGCCAGGAUGUCAUCCUUCUUCUAAACUAUUUUAUUGAUUACAUGGAUAUUCCCCCCAAGGAUUUUCAAACUUCAAGGUAAAUCUAUACUAUUGGAAUACACCAAAAAAAGAAGGGCAAAAAUGAUGACAGAGGAUUAUAGCCACAUGUCAUUUUAAAGUGGACACUUUGAUGCUUUCAGUCUAAUUUUGUCGUCUUUUACUAAAUACAUGAAAGAAAUAAUAGGCAGCUGAAGGGUUUCGAUCCAGGCACCAAUAUAGUCAAGUGGAAACGCCUGGAGUACCAUUAAAACAAAUCAGAUAAACGCAGUGCCAAGCUUGUCAAUAGCAGCUAUUGAUGAGGUGCUAUAUAAGGCUAAUGACCGGCCCCAGCAGCUGUACUCGUUGCGGCGCAGCGGCAAUGUGGUGCGAAACUUUUCCAGAUGCCGAGUCUUUUAAAAGCAGCAUUUUGGAUGAUUAAGACCCGGGACUAGAGUGUCUUGACGAGUGAGAUUCUGCAAUAUGAGCACCAAAAGCCGUGAUGAUGGCUCAGAGAAGGCGCCAACUUGGGACCCAGAUUGCAAGAGGACCGGCGUGGAAACAGCUGACCUUCCUGUCCUGAAAUUGACGAGAGGCGCAGCUGCGGCAGGCAGAGGGAUGUGAUGGGGUGACGGCUCACAACCUCCCCCGACACAUCCCUAAAACCCACCCGCCCUACCCCCUUCAAUUUUUUCUGAUUCAAGCGUAGCCUCAAAACAAUGGAUCACAAUUUCUCAGCGGUGCUAGAUGGCAAACUGUUGCUAUCAGAGCGCGACUCGUCCAGACGGGUGCUGACGGGAUGCUUCCUUUCCCUCCUCAUCUUCACUACGCUGCUGGGCAACACGCUGGUGUGCGCCGCCGUCGCCAAGUUCCGUCACCUGAGGUCCAAAGUCACCAACUUCUUUGUCAUCUCGCUAGCCAUCUCCGACCUCUUGGUGGCCAUCUUGGUGAUGCCGUGGAAGGCGGCAACGGAAAUCAUGGGCUUUUGGCCCUUUGGCGCCUUCUGCAACGUGUGGGUAGCGUUCGACAUCAUGUGCUCCACCGCCUCUAUCUUAAACCUGUGUGUGAUUAGCGUGGACCGCUACUGGGCCAUCUCGAGCCCCUUCCGUUACGAACGCAAGAUGACCCCCAAAGUGGCCUGUCUGAUGAUUAGCGUGGCGUGGACCUUGUCAGUGCUCAUCUCCUUCAUCCCCGUUCAGCUGAACUGGCACAAAGCUCAUACCACCAGUUACGCCGAGCUAAACUUGUCGUACCCUGGCGAUCUGCCUCCUGAUAACUGUGACUCCCGCCUUAACAGGAGCUACGCCAUCUCCUCAUCCGUCAUCAGCUUCUACAUCCCCGUGGCCAUAAUGAUUGUCACGUACACCCGAAUCUACCGCAUUGCCCAAAAACAGAUACGGAGAAUAUCCGCCCUGGAGCGGGCGGCGGAGAGUGCCAAAAACCGCCACAGCAGCAUGGGGAACACAUCCAACAUAGAGAGCGAGAGCUCGUUCAAAAUGUCGUUCAAACGAGAAACCAAAGUCUUAAAGACGCUCUCUGUCAUCAUGGGGGUGUUUGUGUGCUGCUGGUUGCCCUUCUUCAUUCUCAACUGCAUGGUUCCUUUAUGUGAUCCCGACCUACUCAACCACGCCGCUGGUUUCCCGUGCAUCAGCCACACCACCUUCGACGUGUUUGUGUGGUUCGGCUGGGCCAACUCCUCGCUCAACCCCAUCAUCUAUGCCUUCAAUGCAGACUUCCGCAAGGCCUUUUCCACCCUGCUGGGAUGCCACCGCCUCUGCCCGGGCAGCAACACCAUCGAGAUCCUCAGCAUCAACAACGCCAGAGUGUCUCUUUCCAACCCCAACUGUCAGUACCAGCCCAAAGGCCACAUCCCGAAAGAGGGCAUCAACUCGGCGAGCUGCGUGAUUCCUCACAGCAUCCUGUGUCAGGAGGAGGAGUUACACAAACUGGACAGAGGAGAACCGGGGGACGACAUGCUGGAGGUAUGUGUGGAAAACAACUCCUUGGACAAACUGUGCCCGGCCAUCUCGGGGAAUUUAGACAGCGAUACGGACAUCACGCUGGAAAAAAUCAAUCCCAUAACACAGAACGGACAGCACAAAGCUGCGUCCUGUUGAGACACUCCACAAACAUGCCUCACUGAGACAUCGGUACCUUUAGUAUUGUCGACGCCAAUCUACAAGGAAAAACCUUCUGAAUGUUUCCAAGUAAAGGCACUUUAUCCUGCUUAAACUAACUGCAAAAUGAAAUUAUGUGGUGUGGAAACUUGUACACAUUUGUAUUCUGUACAGUAGUCCCAAUAGGCUUUUAAUGGUAUAUAGUGCGGAGGACAAUGUAGAAAAAAAACAUUAGCAAAUUGUGUGAGUCGGUACAGGUGUGUGUGUUUCAUGGCUGGGGGUUGGGGCGGGGGUGUUGAAAAUGGGUAACUGAGUUUAAAAUGUUUCAAGUACAGUUUUCAUACGGCAGUUUUUAGUAAACAUGUCUACAGCUAGUUUGGGGAAGCAGCCAUAUUUGGUUCAUUCCACAAAGCCAUCAAGGCUUAAUGGAAGUCCUCUAAUGUACACCAAAAUAUGUCAGUUGUGGGAUUUACCAGUAUUCAUCAGCCCCUUUCACACAGCUGUGUAAAAUGCACCGACACUGAAUGAGGAGAACUCUGUAGUUUUCUGGCUUCUAAAGGCUGUAUCAGUGUCAUAACAGAGGCAAGAUGGUGCCUGUGUGAAAGGGUUGGCACUUAUUCUGCCCUGUUGGCCAUUGUUGUUACGCAUCUAAUUAUGGCAAUAUCCUGCUUUGCUAGGUUGUGUUACAGCUAUGAUUGUGUGAAAGAGGCUAAUGAGCGGGCUACCAAGGGUCCAUUUUACUGUUGUGUUUAUCCCUUGAUACCUACUGUUUACUUCCUUUCCAGCCUCUUGUUUACUUUCUUUCAUUCCCAAAAUAUAAGUGGCUUUUGUAUUUGUUUUGUCCCCCGCCCCCUCCACUCACUUUACUAUUCUGUCUGUUUUUGCACAGUCCUCGAUGUAAAAUGAAUGUAAGUCUAGAGUCAAAUAAAUAAUUCUAAGUAGGAAGCGGGUGCGCUCAACCUUAAUGAAAGUGACACUGACUGUCCUUUCGCUAACUUGUAAAUACCCGAUUUCCUAAAUUGCUCACGCCGGGAGCCAUGUUACGCCAUGCUGUGCCGUGCUGUGCUGUGCUCCGGCGGCCAUGUCGGAGGCGUGUAGGGGGAUGACAGUCGCCCGCAAGGAAAGGUGUGCUCAAUCAUGUUGAAUUAAUAGCUCAAAAUAUUGCGUUGACUGUUUUAAUUGAAUACAACGGCCCUAUUUGGAUUAAAAAAAAAAAAGCAUUGUAAUAUAACAAUUCGGGGUUGAUAAAUCAAUACCAUAUAUGUAUGAAGACAUUCUAAAAAGUCCUCUAAUUGGAAUCAAACUGGAUGUGAGGUGGAUAAGAAAAAAUUUAUUUGGCGCAUAAAUAUAUAUUUUUAUGUAUUUUUGAGUCAUUAAUAUGUCGGGUGCCCAAGUAUGUUGUUGUGUUAGCUAAACCCAUGAGGCACUGUUAUUAUACUCUUGAGUUUGAACACAGCUAAAUGUGCUUCACAAAACACUCGUUGUAACUUGAGGGUUUUUAAUGAAUUUAAUGCAUUUUGAAUUUUUAGAUUGGUUGACAAACAAAGUGACUAAUCUUUGGACUUGGCAACUAAUCGGCCACACUGCAAGUAAGGCUGCAACUAUCGAUUAUUUAAAUAGGAGUAAAAGUAAAAUAAAUAUUUAUCCGGUACUGUUAAGGAUAUUUAGCUGCAAUUAUUUACCUAAAGGAAUAAAAGUGUUGAACAUGAACAUUCCCGGCGGUCUAUCAAUUAGAAUUUUGUUAAGUGACUCGUCGACAAUAACACAUCUUUUACGGUUAAUUUUAAUUAUGUCGAUUAAUCGUUGCAGCCCUAUUUGUAAGUCGCUGACCUUUUGUCUGAUCAUAAUAUUACAUGUAUGCUACCAUGUCUUCCAAAGCAUUUUGGAAGACUACAACCCACAGGGGGCACCACCAAUGUUAUAUACCAGGGGUCGGCAACCCAAAAUGUUGAAAGAGCCAUAUUGGACCAAAAAUACAAAAACAAAUCUGUCUGGAGCCGCAAAAAAUUAAAAGCCAUAUUACAUACAGAUAGUGUGUCAUGAAAUAUAAAUUGAAUUAAGAGGACUUAAAGGAAACUAAAUGACCUCAAAUAUAGCUACAAAUGAGGCAUAAUGAUGCAAUAUGUACAUAUAGCUAGCCUAAAUAGCAUGUUAGCAUCGAUUAGCUUGCAGUCAUGCAGUGACCAAAUAUGUCUGAUUAGCACUCCACACAAGUCAAUAACAUCAACAAAACUCACCUUUCAUGCACAACGUUAAAAGUUUGGUGGACAAAAUGAGACAGAAAAAGAAGUGGCAUAAAACACGUCCUAGAAAGUCGGAGAAAGUUAUACAUGUAAACAAACUACGGUGAGUUCAAGGACCGCCAAAAUGAGUAGGACAAAACGGCGCUCGCCAAAUACUCGAAUCAGUGAAGCAUGUUUAAUAUAAACAGUGUGCUUUGUAACAAUUAGGGAUGCGUGUGUCAUGUUUGUCCUACAGAAACCAUAUUAAAACAAAAAAUAGAUUUUUUUCCCCUCAUCUUUUUCCAUUUUUCAUACAUUUUUUAAAAAGCUCCAGAGAGCCACUAGGACGGCGCUAAAGAGCCGCAUGCGGCUCUAGAGCCGCGGGUUGCCGACCCCUGUUAUAUACAGUCGUGAACAAAAGUUAGGAUGCGACAUUUUGUUUUUCACAUUCAAGGUUCAAAUGUAGAAUACCAAUUCUUGUUAUGUCCCCUCUCUUACAAAUGCUUCUGAUUAAAAAAAAAAAAUUCCACAUAUUUACUGAUUUACUUACGCCGGAGGUUUUCUAAACAUAAGGUGGGCCUCUGACUUUAGAGAAGUUGCUCGACAAAAAUAAAAAUAACUUUAAUGACGUCAAAAUUUAGAUAAUUUUUUUGGUGAGGUCCACAAAAUCGGUUUUGGAAGCCGAGGGAGGCUCAUUGUGCCACACUUUUGAAAACCUCUGAUAUAUGCUCUGACAGCGCCUCUGGAGGAGCAAUGCAGUAGUGUAAAAAGGUCACCGACUGGUUACUAAAAUGACCGUUGAGUUUAAGGGACGUAGACUAAAAAAAAAAUUGACCAUACACAAAACCAAUGUUAAUUUUGUUUUAAGUUUUUUCCAAACAAGUUAGUUCAGGUCAUGUGUUUUCAAACUAUUGCACAUCAAGGGAAGAGAGAGAGACAGAGCAAGACCAUCCAAUAGCAAAGCAAUUGGUCUUGAACGCCACAUUUGAUUUUCCCAUGCUGGAAAAUCCAAUGCUGUCUAUAUGGCGACACGAUAACAAAACAAAAAAAAACGGGGUGGCAGCUUUUAGCUCAAUAUGUGGCUUGGCUUGUGACACAAGCAAGCUCAUUGUCCCCCUGUCACGCUGUUGCUCUAUUAGUUCAGCAGCCAGUACCCCUGCAGUCAAUUUAACUUCAUUUCAAACAUCCCAAUUGAUGUUCUUGCAUCAAAUACCCUUUGAGCUCCACUGUUGGUCUCCCAAAACACAAGAGGAAGUAAUAAUGUGCUGUGUUGUGCAGCCAGUCAGUCAGGACUGGACAAGGAUGCAUGGGAACCGCCUCGGAGAAAGUUCAAACCUCCUCCUCUCUCUUUUCUUUUGGCUGAUUCUGUCGACUUGAUUAGCAUUCCAGAUGUUAACACGGAUUGGAUUUAUUAUUAAACAGACAGGGCCUAUUGUUUCCCUUCUGUACUUUUGAAUCACGGCACUGAAUCAAAGCUCGCUGCAAAUAUUCCGAGAGGAACUCUUGUUGCUAGGAUUUUUUUUAAUGUUGUUUUUAAGAAAAUUUGUGGAGGAGGAAAUAUCGUGAGGUGUGGUGGUAAAAUGAUAACUCAAAAAUGGACCACUAAUACAUAUAUUAGUGUUGUCAAAUUAUUAUUUAAAAAAAAAAAAUCUGAAUAAUUACACUUUUGAAUUUGUAUCAGUCCUGAUUAAUCACAGUAAAUUAUUUGCUUACACAAUUUGAAAUAUUCUAAAAAAAAGACUCCCAAUAUUUUAACACAGAUGCAAUUUUAUUGCCAGAAUGUCAUACACAAACAUGUUUUAAUGUUUUCCUUUAAUGUAUGUCUAUUAUUUGCUCAAAACCUGCUAACAGGUUUUAUUUUAAGUCCUGUCAGGAUUUAUCUUAAAGCAAAAUUUGCUAGCGAGCACACCAGUCGGCAUAGUCUCACUCAUCUUUGCACGGACGCAAAACAACCCACACAAAAGAGUAUGUGCACUCAAAAGAAUUAGUGUUAUAGCCUUAAUUAUAUAUAUGUAUCUAUAUAUAGAGAUAUACAUA